AUGGAAGAGUUGCAAUGUAGUCUUCUUGGGUUCUCGUCCACAGCGUUCCCGCUUGCGGUUUUUGCGGCACAGCGGACUGGUGGUGACAAUGGCAGGAAGGAGACGUCUGCCGUUUUGUCGCAGCUGCACCCAUCAGAGCGUGCGUUGAUUGAGGACGCUCUACCGCUUGGGGCAAUGUGCCAUGCCCUGCGUAGUGUGGUGACGGAUAUUGCAGUGGGCCGUACUGAAGGCCUGUAUAUUUCGGCUAUUGGAGCUGCCAUCAGAAGGAUAUUGGAGAACUAUGAGGAUGCCGUGCAGAAUGCAACCACAGCUGCUGCCGUAACUGCGCUCCGCCCCGUGUACUUCCCUGCUUUUACGCUACUGACAGAGAUGAUAGAUCAGCAGAAGAAUACGGAUGUUGUUCUUUCUACUAUUCGUGCUUUUGUGUUGAAUCGUGAGAUUCCACAGGAGUUUAGAGUCUGCCUUGGAGAAUCGGUGUGGAUGGGUCUUCUUUACACAAUUGCGCAUUACAUUGCCCAUGGUGUCGUACUGCACGGCCGAAAAGACUUCUUUAUAUCUGUAAAGUCCAAAGGAGGAAAGGAGGACCACACGUUGCACAGUGAUCUUCUUCCGCAUGUAAUUUCGAUGGAGCUUGGCAUGCUGAUUUUGUCUGUUGGCAAAGAGCGACGUGUAGUGCUCGGUGAAGCUGAGAGUCAUGGGAAGGAGUAUCUUGAGCAACUAGCGUUGGGAACGCAGGAUGAGACUGCAAAUGCUGUUUUUAAGGCGAUUUAUAACCCCUCGCUUUGCAAUGGUGGAUUUUUAGUGGUUGACGAGUUAGAGACACGCAUUGAGGCGGCUCGGGCUUUGUGGUCAAAAACGCUUUGGUUAAAAGUAGGUGAACAAGCAGCCUUACACGAACAUCUUGUUGCCUUGCGUGCUAUGUUUUUAUGUCACCGAGGAGAUCUCUGGCAUGCCUUUGUGGAGGCUGCUUUUCCCAGCCUUGUGGACAGUGCUGUGCGCAAGACCAUCCUGAAGGAGGCUGCUAUUGGACGUGUUGUAGCGGAUGCCCUUAUGCAUGCUUUGAGUGUUACUGGUUUAGCUGAGGCACCUAUUUAUGAACGCUUUAGCAUGUUUAUUGUGCUUCCACUAGAAAUAGGUGAGAGUAAGUUACGUUCUAUCGAAGAAACGGCGCGUACCAUUCUUGGCAACAUGCGAGGCCUUGGGCUUCACUACGUCAUACCUCGUGGUCUUCACUUGGUUUUGUCAGCCAAGGCAUUGGAGUACUACCAAAGGAUUUUUUCGUUUCAUAUUGCCAGGCGAUUUUCUCUGCAUGCGCUUCAUGGUGUUAGAUACGUCUUCUCAGAGGCUUCUAUGACGAACAAACAACCAUCAGCUGAGCUUCGGCGCACCUUUGCCGUGAUGCAAAUGCUGUUGUUUCUUCACACCACAUUAGGAUAUCAUCUGCAAGUGGAUGUAAUUGUGUUGCAAACCGCUGAGCUGGAGAAGUCAUUGGAAAGAUGCAAAAGUGUACAGGAAGCGAAAAAAUGCCUUGACCGUUAUGUGUGGCAUGUUGCAGAGGGUUCUUUUAUAACCGAGGGUUCGGGGUCACUUUUGUUGGCCUGUGAGUCCCUUUUUCAGUGCUCCAUUGCCCUAUAUGUACUUUGUACGCGCUAUCGCUUGACCUCGUGGGCGGUAGAUGGGGCGCAGAUUUCUCUUGAGGUCUCUGCAGCGCUCGCCGCAUUAGAGACGCGGGUGCAGCAAGAUGUCGUGGCUGCGUUUACCGGCCAUCUUUCGGGUUCCGCAGUACGUGCCACGGAGCGGGCCUUGUGGGCGAGGCUUGAUUUUAAUCGCUUUCUCUCCGCUGGCGUGCGCCUAAAAAGCACGACAGAGUUUGCACAACCUACCACAGCGAAGGCGAGAGCAGCAGCGACAGCCGCGGCAGCCAAAGGAGGAGGAGUAGGAAGGGUGGUGGCUUUAGGACAUGGUACAGCUGCAGCUCACGGACGUACGGAUCUUCUGCCACGCGCCGCUUCGGCUUAUAUGAAGGCCACACGUGGGUGA